CCGGCACAACAACAAGCGUCCAGGGGAGUCUGUCCUCUGUUCCGUGGGGGAUGGUUUUAUAAGAAAGAGAUCGCUGUCCCUGGUGAGGGAAACUACCUGUCGUAGUAAGGUAUGAAGAAAGGCUCUGCAGUGUAGCGCGGCAGAGGGUCCAGUAGCCGAGACAGGGACGGAGCGGGCCACGCGUGCUGCGCAAAGGCGCAGCUUGAGCUUCGAGCCGCUGAACCCCCAUCACGUCUGUGAAGGUGAGUAGGGGGUGCAGCGGACCGACACUCUUCUGAGGCACCCCUCACCACGGUGAGCAUAACCACCGGCAUCCCAGACAACUCUAAAAUCCACUGACCCCUAUAUUGUGACAUCGGGCUACCAUGACUUCUAAAACGCACCUUACAUUCAAAGGAUCAGUAAUCCUCCAAUCACUGUUAAGAAUUCCAGAUACAAUGAUAAACACAGUGUGCAUGAAGACCACUCGGAUCUUGAGACUGCACCUAACAAACGCUUCCUUGAUUCCUCCUGGUAUAAAAAUGCUUUCAGACCCCAGAUCCAGGAUGAUAUCAACCCAUGAAUCCCAGAAGCUGAGAGAAUAUUACAGGCUGCUGAAUCUGGAUGAAGGAUGCUCUGUAGACGACGUCAGGGAGUCUUUUCACAAGCUCGCCAGGCAGUACCACCCAGACAGCGGUUCUAGUGAUGCUGACUCUGCAACAUUUAUAAAGAUUGAAGAGGCUUACAGGAAUGUGCUGUCCCAUGCGAUAAAACGGAUGCAUGCCGGACAGGAUAAAGCUGAAGAUGCAGCAGAAGAUGAAGAAGAAGGAAAGUUCAAAUACAACACACCUCAGCACCGACAUUACUUAAGCUUCGAAGGUGUCGGCUUUGGGACCCCCAGCCAGCGAGAGAAACAAUACAGGCAGUUCAGGGCGGAUCGCGCGACGGAGCAGGUGAUGGAAUACCAAAGGCAGAAGCUUCAGAGGGAGUUCUUCGCCAACAGCAUAACUGUCAAGGACGUACGGCAGAGCAAGCAACAGAAGAUAACUCAAGCCAUCGAGCGCCUGGUGGAGGACCUCAUUCAGGAAUCCAUGGCAAAAGGAGACUUUGACAAUCUCAGCGGGAAAGGAAAACCGCUGAAGAAAUUUUCUGGCUGCUCAUAUAUUGAUCCCAUGACUCACAACCUGAACCGAAUAUUGAUAGAUAAUGGAUACCAACCAGAGUGGAUCCUGAUGCAGAAGGAGAUUAAGGACACCAUCGAGCAACUCCGAGAAGCGCUUUUAAUGUCUAGGAAGAAGCUGGGGAACCCUCUGUCACCCACAGAGCAGAAACAGUGGGCCCAAGUGUGUGAGCAGUUUCAAGAAAAGAUACGAAAGCUGAACAAGCGAAUUAAUGAUUUCAACUUAAUUGUUCCCAUCCUGACCAGGCAGAAAGUCCAUUUUGACGCACAGAAAGAAAUUAUCAGAGUCCAAGAAAUGUACGGGGCCUUCGUAGAAGCAAACGAAGUCACAGAAGAAAACCAAACUGACGUUAGCCAGGGAGAAGAAUCAAAAACACCCAGAGUCAAGGCAGGCUUUCUAAACUGGCUAAAUCUGUGGAAAUCUAUUAAAAUAUGACUGUUUUGUUAUUCACGAUCAUUUUCCACUCUGGUCAGUUUUGAGUUGCUCUGACGUCAGACGCAGAACCUAAGAUUGACUGUCGUGCCCCAGGGGCCUGAGAAGUGUGUGCCUUUGUAGUUUUCACAGAACUAAUCACACCCCGGUGGUAGAUGAGAAACUUGGGUGAGUUCUGCUGUAAUGAUGUAGUAAGAGGCAGACCCUGCCCCUGAAGGAGCAGGCUCCGGCGCCAGACUUCAGGUAUCGGCCUCUAGGACUGAAGCACAGACCCGAGGCCCACAUAGGGCCUUCCAGAAACCUCAGAGCUCUCUGAGACACUAGCAACUUAUAGGUAGGUAGUCGCUGUUUGACUUUUCUAACCAUAAGGACUUAAGCAGCAAUGAAACCAAAAGGUAUAGAACUGAAGAAGUUGUAAUGAGAUUUAACCAACUGUGGUCUCCAAAUGAAAAUUCAAAACCUCAAAAGAACAAAGGAAGGAAGGAAGGAAGGAGAUAUGAAAGGAAAUGAAAAAGAAAGGGGCUGGAGAAACUGCCCAGAGGGUGAGAGUCUUUGCUCUUUGCUGCUCCUGCAGAGGACCAGCAUCCUAGUCAGGUGGCUCACAACUGCCUGUAACUCCAGCUCCAGGGAUCCAGUGUGCACACACACAUGUGCACACAUACGCAUGUGCACACACAUGUAACAAAUUAAAGAUCUCCAGACAACAGGUAGUUUUUGCAGGUUUCCUCUGGUAUAUUCCAGAGCUUAUUAAAGCUCUAAAACUGUGGGAAGGCUUUUCAAACACCUGCUAGGUGCUCUAAAACUGAAAGUCAGGAAAAAAUAGACUUCUGGGGCUCCUGUAUUUACAAAGGCCUUCCCUGUGGGCACUGGACAAAGAAAAGGGCAAGUAGGUAGGCUAACUGUGACCCACUGGCCACAGAAGUCAGUUAAACUGAUUGAUUUAGAAGUUCUGAAAAUGUUAAAGUUGAUUAUAUUUUUGUAACUUUUGGAGGGGGCAAAAAUCCUUAAGAACAAUACAAAGGUAAAAGUUCACUAGCAGUUUCUUCUCUGGUCACCAGCUAUACAAAGGUAAAAGUUCACUAGUUAGUAGUUUCUUCUCUGGUCACCAGCUAUACAAAGGUAAAAGUUCACUAGUUAGUAGUUUCUUCUCUGGUCACCAGCUAUACAAAGGUAAAAGUUCACUAGUUAGUAGUUUCUUCUCUGGUCACCAGCUAUAUUGUAGGUUCCCAUAAACCUUGCUUAAGUGCCAUGGUGUCCUAGAGCAGACUCCCCAGAGAUGGUUCAACAAUGUUAACCCCCAACUUAUCCCUCUUUGGAACACAACAAAGAGACCCUUUGGCAGUUUGUCUAAGAUGAGGUAUCUGAAAUAUGUUCCUUGGCAUCUUCGGUGAGUCUCCUUUCAGAAAACCCGGGGCUCUCAGGCUUGGCUAAUUGCUUUGGGCACAGAAUCGGGUCCCCAGAAGGAAGCCAAAGUGUGCAGAAAGGAGCUGACCUAUUUCCAGAGCAGAGUGGAGAUGGGUUUCAGAACAGCUCCUGACACGGACAUGGGGCCGAGUCAUUGUGUAAAGUCUGCAGUGGUCAAAACAUCAAAGAAGCCAACAUCCUCAAAAGAAAGUUGGGCCCUUUCUGCUUUGACGAUGGGGCAAUUGGUUGACAUAAUGAGUAAUUUUUUGUUGUUGGAAUGAGUUAUCUGAUAGUACUAUAUGUAUUACUAAAGGAAACUGUCAGCAGCGUGGAGUAUGGCUUUGUGCUAAGAGCUCUGGCUCCCGAUCACUGUAAGAGCCUGGUAUUCUGUGAUGCUUGCUUUAAAACUGAGAGUCUGGAGUGAACAUGGAGUGGAAGAAUCUUCAGUGUUAUACAUGAGAGGGUGAGGUCACCAAAACUAUUCAUUAGUACCAUUCACUUGAUCUGCAGAUAUCUAUAUUAAUAAAAUUACCUUAAUG